AGGGGGCGGGGCGGAAAAAAAAACUGAUGCCAUCAUCAUCACCAUCAUCCUCCUCCUCCUCCAGGAGCUGCAAAGAUCAAUCGUGAAAGGCGAUUGUACCGAGCCUCGGCCAUUCAGUGCAGCUGAUCCAAGACCCGAGGAGCGGCGUGAAGAGAUCCAGGUUCCGGGAGUUCUGCGGCGAUGGCGGGGAUACUGGCGUGGUUCUGGAACGAGAGAUUCUGGCUUCCUCACAAUGUAACCUGGGCUGACUUAAAAAACACGGAUGAGUCAACCUUCCCGCAAGCGGAGGAUCUGUACAUGGCAUGUCCUUUAGCCUUCUGCGUCUUCAUGGUCCGGAUCGUGUUCGAGAGGUUCAUUGCAAGACCUUGUGCUCUGGCACUGAAAAUACAAGCGAAUGGGCCUCAGAAGGCUCAACACAAUGCCAUCCUGGAGAAGGUCUUCACUGCUAUCACCAAGCAUCCUGAUGAGAAGAGGUUAGAGGGCCUGUCUAAGCAGCUGGAUUGGGACGUGAGGACGAUCCAGCGCUGGUUUCGACAGAGACGCAACCAGGAGAAACCCAGCACACUGACCCGGUUCUGCGAGAGCAUGUGGAGGUUUACCUUCUAUCUGUACAUAUUUACCUAUGGGGUGCGGUAUCUUAAAAAGACUCAGUGGCUGUGGAACACUAGAGAAUGCUGGUACAACUACCCAUAUCAGGCUCUAACGGUGGACCUGCACUACUACUACAUCCUGGAAUUAUCUUUCUAUCUGUCGCUGCUGUUCUCCCAGUUUACAGAUAUCAGGAGGAAGGACUUUCUGCUGAUGUUCAUGCACCACCUUGCCACCAUCUCCCUGAUCACUUUCUCUUAUGUAAAUAACAUGGCUCGAGUGGGAACACUUGUCAUGUGUCUUCACGAUGCUGCAGAUGUGCUGCUGGAGGCAGCCAAAAUGGCAAACUAUGCCAAGAGCCAGAGGCUUUGCAACGUCCUGUUCAUCAUGUUCGCCCUGGUUUUCAUCAGCUCCAGGCUGGGCAUAUAUCCUGUAUGGGUUCUGAACAGCACUCUGUUUGAAAGCUGGGAGAUUGUGGGGCCGUAUCCAUCCUGGUGGGUGUUUAAUGCGCUGCUGGUGCUGCUUCAGGGACUGCACACUUUCUGGUCCUAUCUCAUAGUGAAGAUAGCCUGCAGAGCCAUCUCUAGAGGCAAGGCGGGAAAAUUGAAUCCUUUACAUGUAUCAAAGGAUGCGCGAAGUGACAUAGAGUCGAGCUCUGAUGAAGAGGAAGUCUCGCCUCCGACCCAGAAACACCACACUAACGGGACCAACGGGGCCCACGGCACUAACGGCUACCUGUCCGCCUCCCACUGUCAUUACGAACACUAAGCAUCCUGCCGCCCUUAGACGCUCCAGAGGAGCCCACUGCAGCCUGGUUCAUUGGUCUGUACAAUACUUGUGCGUGUCAAAACAUGAACAAUGUUGCCUGUCUGGUACUGGAAGUUCUUAAAUAGAAUAAUGUGAAUGCAGUUCUGUUUUGGUAUGAUUCUUUCCACACCUUUUAUUUCUCACAGCGUUUUUUUUCUCCUCACUAUCUUACAUUUAUAGGCACUCGGUUGAAUAUCAGAGCUUUCCCCCCCUCCCUUAGCUACAGCUAGCUCUUGUUUUUUGUUGUUUCUUUGUUUUUUUGUGAAUGAAUGAAAGCAUUUCUCUUAUCAUCAUGCUAGCAUGCUGCUGUGGUCAUGUAGUUUGGUAUUAUGGGAGCGGCAGUUUUCUCGAGGAAACGUCUUUGUAUUUAUUUAUUUUUUAUAUCUAUAUAUAGGUUGCAGAUUUGUGGAUGAGAUCUUUCUUUUUUUUCAAAGUCUUAAAGCAAUCUACUGUCAAUGUUUGGAAAUGGCACGACUAUUUAAAAUUCAGUCACUGUUUCAGGAUUCACCAAAUAUACAACUUUGACCCUGUUUUUACCUGGUAACGUCAUGAGAUUAUAGGAUUAUAUCUGGAUAAGAACAAGAGACAUAUUUGAGCUAGGGCAGCAAAAAAAUAUAUAUAUUUUUUUUUAUUUGUAAAAUAUACCAUAUUUUACGGACUGUAUUAUAAGGCACACUAUUAAUGAACAUCUAUGUUCUGGCACAGUAAUCUACACAGACUUCUCUGCUGAAAACUGUUUAAUUGGGUGAGUAAAGCGCUUUAGUUUAUUUCCAGUUUACAGAUUAGAUUUUCAAUAUUUUCAACAGCGGGGUUAGCAGCGGCGGUUAGCAGCAUUUAGUGCUAGGAAAUGCCAUCCAACAGCGCUAUCAGCUAGCAUUUCGUCCCAUGUAGCUUGUUUUAACAUGGUAAACAAGCAGACUACAGUCCAACAUACCCACCUCUGAACGGAGAAAGAGCUAGCACUGCAUUUAGCGGCUAAUGCUAACACUGCUACAGCCUCAAUGCUGGAGAAACUUUACAAAAAUUCCUUUAUAACACUGCACUUUAAGCAGAGUGGCUUUACUGCUCCUUAAUACCUGACUGAUAAAAUUCAUACAUAAGGCGCACUGGCGAUUUUUGGGAAAAUUAAAAUAUUUUGAAAAAUACAGUAUAUUGCAAUAUUGAAAAAAAAUACAUAUUUUUUCCAUUGAAAAUUGAAGUAAAAUAAAUAAUAUUUAUCAAAAUCCCACACUGCAAUCAGCAAUCAGAAUUCAGUCUGACUAACUGGAGACCUGUUUGACUCCCUAGUUUAAACGUAUGUGGCUAAAACCUUAUCAAGAUGUAACCCAGAUAACAAUCACAUGAAGUGAGCAGGUGUAAACAGGGUCUUUGGCAUCAUUUUUGGCUUUAAGUCAUUUACCACAGUCACAGAUAAGAGAUAAUUAUCUGAUAUGCUCACUGUUCAAAUGUAUAACAUACAUUACAGAAACAACCAACACACACACAUGCUGUAUUUGCACUACUGUAACUGUAAAUGGGAAUUCUGUAACAGUAUUAUGUGCUCAUGUGUUUUGUUAAAAAUGCUGCAAUUUUGCCAUAUUGUUCUCCAUCACGAAUCAAGAAUAGGCUGGUACUUAAAGCAGUGGAAAUACCAGAGUACAUUAUGUCAAAGAAUCCAAUAAGCAGGUUAAUUACUGUAUAGUUCAGAACUAAUUGGAUAAUUAAUUGGCUGUAUUGCAUUGCCCUUGAUUACAGUGUUAUCAUACAUCAGAGUUAUCAGCUCUUAAGCUUGAGUUCCAGAGUGUGAAUCAGGUUCUGUAUUAAAUUUACAUUCUAUUUAAAAUUCUACACAGUAUUAAACCAUGUGUUAUAUAAUCUUGAUCUUUAGGCCCUUAUAAAAACUUUAUUUAAUUACAUGGCUGAAAACAAAGCUAUAUAAUGUAGAUUUGGUUGUGUAGUACACGCUUAGAAAAUAAUGGUGCUUCAAAUGGUUCUUUGAGUGAUGCCUUUGAACCUAGGUCAUCAAGUCCGGAGUUUCCAGACCUGGAUUUUUGUAACUACCAGGAAUUAACUCAUGAGAGCCCAGAUCAAGUUUUAAAUAUUUAUUCAAAAUAACUUAAUUUGUGCAUUAAUUGGAAAAUUUCCAAUUCAGACAAUUGUCCAGAACUGCCCUUUCAUACAUGUAGCAAGUUUCCAAACCUGAAAAAAGAAAAGAAUUCUCUGGACAAUUCCCUAUUACCUAUUAACUAUUCCCACAUGAGCUCAUUCUAACAUUACCCAUGUUUUGUGGAAGAGGGCUGGCUAAUGUCCAGCCCAACAGGUAUGGACACAGAUACAGAACUUUUCCACUAAUGUCUGGAGAGGUUCUGGGUUCUGUUGCAUGUGUGAAAAGGGCUUAUGGCAGUGGCUGAUAUAAUCAAUCAACCUAUAUUUCCACUCUGUAAUAAAUUGAGGGUAACCCACAUUUUAAAUGCAGCCGAGCAUUUACAAAAUUAAAGGGACAGAAAAAAAGGUUUAAAUCAUAAUAACAAGCAAACAAUAUAAGAUUUAAUUGAGAAGAAAUCAAAUAAUUCAGAAUAAAAGGAUAUGCAGACAGGCUAAAAUGCAAAGCAAUAAAAUAGAGAUAAAUAAUUAAAAUGAAUAAAACAUAACUGAUUGACCAUGUAGUGUUCACAGAAAGUCCAGGAACAGAAACUGGAUUCAGGGUCCAGAUUUGAAGUCUUUUUGCUGACCUCAAUAUAAAUUUUGUUUAUGUACAACUUAAAUAAAGAACGCCAGUCAUGCAAUCACCAAUAUAACACUACUGGUGCCUGCAUUUAAAUAUAUGGUGCACAUUUUUGACAGGCAGUACAAACUGCAAAAAAGCAUAGAUAGUUCCCGUGCAAUUAUUAAUGUACAGUUCAUUUCAGCAUUGUGCUACUGUAUUAUCAAAAUACCAUUGGCAUAAAAUGGACUUAAAGUGAACAUAAUAUCGUUAUUGCAGUUAUUUCCGGGACAAUAUAUCAUCCACAGAAUAUUAGUUUUCAUGAUGGGCCUAACCUCAGCUUUUGGUUCUAUAAAGAGCCAUUUUUAUAAAAUAUGUAAGAGAAGAAGUAUGGAAAAUAAUUUACUGAUUAAAAUAAGCAUUACUUAAUGUAAAGAUUUUUUUUUUUUUUUUACCAGUUCUUGGGUUCUCCACACUUUUUUACUCUAUGCUCUACAUAUCAUCUCUAUUACAAACCUGGUUCAAACCAAAAGAGGUUCCUCUAUGGCAUCCCUCACAGAACCAUUUAACGAGCCACCUUUAAAUUUAAGAAUGUAAAUCAGUGUGUCAGAAAGCAUAUGCACUUCAGGAACAUCCUGAGCGUCACACAGCGGUGUUUUCCUCUUCAGCUUUGAAUGAUCUGAAUUCUCAUUGUUCUCGGUAUAAUUUGACACUUUAAACACUGAGCUAAGUGGAUGACUCAUUAAAAUGCUGUUGAAGUCGGGGUAAAGCUUUUGUUUUUCGAGUAUUUUUAAGGCUAUUAUUUCUGUGUUCUGAAGGUCACUGUUGCAGUUUAUUAGCAAGCUGUGGAGAGGAAGUGCAGCUAAUUAGCCAUUGUCUGUCUCUCUGCACUGCAGACAGUGCACUGAUGCUGAAUUACGUGGUUUACACUUGAUGUCAAGAAAAAUGAAUCUUGAAGGUAUUUUCAAAGGCUCUAGUUUUUCUGCCUUUGAUGGAACAUCAGAUUAUGAAUGGUAGAGAUGAAUAAUGUUGCCAUGUAUUUUGAAUAAACACGACAGACUGAAAGCA